AUGUCUCCUCCAGACCAAGUCACCGAGCAAAGCAAGUUCCAAAUUCAGUUGCCGGCAGAAUUGUACCUUGAGAUAGCUCAAUGGCUCGGCCAGUUUCAGGCCGAGACAAAGGGGCGAGAGUACGUGAUAGAAACAUACGUAUUGCCCGCCGACGACGACGUUGAGAAUGCCAUUAUUAGGGACUUGAGGGAUGUAGAAUUUUCAAGCACCAUCAUAUCAGCCGCCAAGGAAAUGCAUCCCACAAUGGCCAUGCUCAACGCGGGCAUGGUCAAUAAGUACUACCACAAAGCGAUCAACGACAUUGCUCUCCGGUGGGACGCUCAGAGCGAAAACCCCAGGGCCGUCUACCACGCCGCAGUGCACAACAACGUUGCUCUCCUCCGCCAGGCCCUUGAGAAGCCCGGAGCUAAACCGGACUACGUCCCACACAGCCUAAAGCCGUCUAUAUGGACACCACUCAUGGUGGCUGCGUCUAAAGGCUAUGCUCAAGUCGUGGACCUGCUUCUACACAAGGGGGCUAAUCCAGCACUAAGCUUCGCCGCCCGUCAUCGUUCAUGGUGGGAACCGCGUCCAUUUGCUGCAAGCCCAGAGUCAGGUAUUGGCUUGUAUGAGUUUGACAGAGACCUUUAUGGGCAGCCCUCGCCCCUCCAUGCCGCUAUGCUGGCUCCCGAGAACGCGUUGACCAUAUCCAAAACUAUUCUCAGGUCUCUCCCACCACGCUUCUUGACCAAGAUUUCCGAUCCGCAUGGACUCUUCCUUGCUAUUGCUGUUGCUCGAGACCAUGUCGAUUUGGUGGACAUGUUGAUCAAUCGAGGCGCAGAUUUUGACCAUGGAGGCAUAACUAGCUUCCAUAUGAAUACUCCGGUACUUCAUCACGCCGUCUCCGGCGAUAUGGUUCGCAAACUGACCCUAGCAGGUGCGCCGCUACAUACACCUGUCGAGUUCGGCCUCAAUGCUCUCCAUGCUGUCUGUCUCCGUCAGACAGAUUGCUCUUCUGCAAUAAGAGAGCUCGUCCGACAGGGCGUUAAGUUGGAAGAGACCACGACUAGCAUAGACCUACGACCACCUCCGAUCCCUCAACAUGGACGUCUCCGGAAGAUCCCUCAGACAGCUCUCAAUCUCGCAUGUAGGCAGCUCAACGUCGCUCACAUCCGAACGCUGCUCGAAUUAGGCGCUCACCCACUCGGGGCAUGUCUUGAGGAGAGCCCUAGGAAGAAGAUGAAGGGCAGUAAGUCCGUGAAGGAUAGCGAGCUCUAUAAGGUGACACCCCUUCACGAUUUGUUUCUACCUGACUACUUUCUCUUGGAAGCACACUAUAAGAGCAAUGAGGAAACAGCAUGCGCCAUCAAAGCGGCUUUCAAUUUGUUAAUAAGCCACCCUCUGGCUGUCGAAGCAGUAUCGUCUUACGGGAACUUUACCCUUGGGUUCCCAAGCAGCGAUCUCAUGCACAGGAUUUCAAGAUCAUUCUGGAUGAGUGACUACAGUGAUUACACCGGCGACUUUGGUAGGUUCACCCCUCUGCAAAUCUUUUUCGUUCAUCCUUUCUCGGACGAUCCCGAGAUUCCACAGGCCAUGUUCGACUUGGUAGAAGAUGGUAAGGAUCAGAUCAACGCCAUCAUAAAGCCGCUCUACAUCACGCCGCUCCUGGCUCUCCUAGGCCACCGCUUCGACCAUUCUCUCGGCGACGCAAACUUUUACCGGCCAAAAUUGCUCAAGUGGCUUCUGGAACACGGCGCCGACCCGAACUUGUGCGACAAGGAAGGCUUCUCGCCCCUCCACUAUGCAGUGUUCUGGCUCGAUGCUCCGGCCGUCAAGCUUCUCCUUUUACACGGCGCUCAGGUCAAGCGCGAGGACGAACUCCAGGUCAUGGACGUACUGUUCGGUGGUGUAUUCACCAGAGCGCAUCAAGAACAAGCAAAAAGAUAUCGUCACUCCCGGGAAACCGAAUGGGCGCGUAUGGUGGAGCAAGUCGGCACAGAGUGGUCGACGCACGGCAUCGGCAGUAACAUUGAGCGCUGGCAGCCCGGCAUGCCGCUGCCCGCAUGUACGCUCUUCAACUUCGAGGGUAAGUUUAUGUUCGAACUGGAUGAAGAGGCUCCCGUGCCUUCAGAGCUCGUGACGCGGUGGGGAGGGUUACGUGAGGCUCUGAGGGGGGAUGCUGACGAACGUAGGAAGCGGAUCUUUGCGGCGCUGCUGCGAACGCCAAACGUGCUGCCCUUUUUGAAGCCCAGGGGGGUAAUGGAACGUGAUGGUGAGGUGAACCUUGGCGAGGACGGGUCCGGUCCUGACACGAUUCGGUACAGUGUUUUGGACUGGGCGAGGGCGACGGCCCAGAAAGGUUGGUUUCUUCGUAGGAUUAAGCGACUUGGAGGGGAGACUGGAGAUAUCCGGCCCAAGGCGAGGCUGGAGACAUACGGCCGUUGUCCGUAG